ACGGAAGUGUAUUUCCGUCCCAUUCUUCUGCAAUAUGUUAUAAUAUAGAAUUAUUAACAGACUACAAUGCAUAUUACCACCAAGAGCAGCUGGAAGGGCUGGUUAGAGUCACCAGAAUGCUACUCCAUCACAGAUACCCGCGAUACUUGGAGGAUGGAGCUCUAGCAUUUACAAACCGCCUGCCAUGCAUCUACAGCUGCGUGGCCAGUCCGCUUGGUGUCGUACAACACCUGUGCCGGCAGCUGGGUCUGCCGCUCGCCUGUGUCAGGCCUGUACCCGUGCACCCUUCAGGUCGAGGCAUGGACAUAGAAGCGUUAGAAAGGUUAUGCGAAGAAGAUGUAUUAGCCAAUCGCAUACCACUUCUAGUUUUAGGGGAGGUGGGAGCCCCUCCUUUAGGUUGCGGGUCACCUCUUAGGGAGUUAGGUGCUGUUUGCAGUAAGAGAAAUUUACAUCUGCACGUUAGAGGACACGCGUUGGCGUUGCCUGCUGUUAUUGGGAGGGAACAGAGUUUCAGUAUAGCUGAUUCACUGACGCUGACUCCUGGACCUUGGUUCGGAGUACCUGGAUUGCCGACUGUCACUUUUUAUAAAAUACCUGAACCUAUCACCGCGAACGACCAUUCGAAAGUGAAUGCGAGCGAAAGACCCGGGGGAGAUGAACCGCCAAAUGUAGACAUAGUUGAUGCAAUCAGUCAAGCAUCCGCGUGUGUCGCUUUCCAAUUCGCACCGCCCGGUGUGGACAGGCCCCCGCCCUACUACGACAAACUCAACUCCUGGCUGGGACAGGUUCUGCAGAGAGAAGCUGACAUGAUAAGCAUAGAAAUAUGUGAAACAGAAGCUUACGGAGUGGUACUCCGGUACUGCCCACUCGAAGGGUCGCUCCUGGACGAGACCCAGAAUGAAAACUGGGCCUGCGUGCUGGAGGCCCAACUGCAUGUGCUGAGGGCCACUGUGGCCCUGAGAGAGCCCUUCCAGAAGAGGGUGCAAGACCAUCGCGUGCUCAGACUUGUGCACGUGCCUGGUUGGGCUGGGUUGGGCGGCGUACGGUACGUGCCCGACGGCUGGGAGGACGCCUCCGCGGAGGAGCUCAACUCCUUGAACAGGCAGCUGGUUGAGCAGCUGCGGGCCACGGACGGGGCCUUCUCCUGCGGGGACGGAGAAGACGGCAUGGCGUGCGUCAGGUUCGGCAUGGUGACAGCAGACACGGACGUCGACGAGUUGCUGGACUUAGUCAUCUCGGCCGGCAAGGAAGUGGAGGAGAGCUCGCGGGCGCUUUCGAACAUGACUGAAGUCCUCAAGAAAGGCAUCGAGGCGGCGCAGGCCGACAUCGAGCGCGAGAACCUGGAGCGGCUGUGGGCCGAGGGGCUGCUGCGGCGCGUGCCCGUGGUGGGGCAGGUGGUCCGCUGGUGGGCGCCGCAGCAGCUGCCGCCGCCGCCCGGCCGCCGCCUGCACCUGGCGCACGGCACGCUGCAGCCCACCAGCGACCUCUACCGGCUCGUCAAGGAGAAGAAGGAGCCGGAGCACGCGCCCGCCGCCGCGCACGCCGCCCCCGCCCCCGCCCCCGCCCCCGCCCCCGCCGCCGCGGCCGCGCCGGGUGAGUCCCCCUCCGCCCCGCCGGCGACUCCUGCUUCGUCGCUCUAA